AUGACUAGUUUACCAGUUAAUCACAGCGAAAAUCUAAAUCACGUACGAAACCGAACAAAGUGCAAGAGAUAUGUGUGCAGUGCUAAGACUGUGAAGAAGCGACUUCCAAUAGUUGAGUGGCUACCGAAAUACAAUAAAACAAAGAUAAUUCCGGAUACAAUCGCUGGAAUUACGGUAGCACUAACAGCUAUCCCGCAAGGCAUAGCUUACGCCGUUAUAGCUGGUUUAACUCCUGAAUAUGGACUGUAUGCGAGCCUGACAAGUGGAAUCAUGUACCUUAUAUUUGGAAGCUGCAUGAACGUAACUGUUGGACCAACAGCUAUUAUGGCGGCAAUGGUUGCCAAAUACGUACACAAUUAUUCAUCUGAUUUUGCUGUUUUGGCGGCCUUUAUAGCUGGAGCAGUGGAACUGACUAUUGGUAUACUGCACCUUGGAUUCUUAAUCGAAUUUAUUUCGAUGCCAGUUAUAAGUGGAUUUACAACUGCAGCAGCUCUUCAGAUUGCGUCAGCACAAUUAAAAGCUUUGUUUGGCCUUGACGGACGUUCUGGAGAUAACUUUGGAGAUUCAGUGUAUAACUUUGUACUAAAUAUCAAAACUAUCAAACUGUGGAACCCCAUACUCGGCUUUUUGUCUAUUGGUUUUCUAAUAGUUCUGAAAAGAUUUAGUGAAGGGUGUGGCCGCAACGAUGACACAGUUAAACAAAUAAAAUGGUUAAUUUCUUUAAGUCGUAAUGCAAUUGCUGUCGUCAUCGGAAUGAUAAUAGCAUACAUUUUAAAAGAAGUUACUGACACCGAGCCAUUAAUUUUGAUUGGUGAAAUUGGAAAAGGCAUUCCUAAAGUUACACUUCCACCGUUUACCACAACAGUCGCUAAUGAAACUUACUCAUUUGCGGACAUGUUACAGAUAUAUGGGCCCCAAUCAAUAAUCAUCCCUUUCGUCGCUAUUAUAGAAACAGUAGCAAUAUCAAAAGCAUUUGCAGGGGGAAAACCUGUUGAUGCCACACAAAAUGAUAGCUGUUGGACUUUGUAAUAUAAUUGGCUCACUGGUAGGAAGCAUGCCAAUAACGGGGUCAUUUACACGAACGGCACUGAACCACGCUUCUGGCGUACAAACUCCUGCAGGAGGCAUAGUUACAUGUUUAAUCAUC